AUGGGGAAGGCUACACUGGGGACUGUGGCAACAGCGGCAGUCACCGCCGCAGCACAAUCUGCCGAGGCGAUGACGACAACGACUGCUGCUGCUACUGUUGCUUCCGCUUCUGCAGCUUCUGCAAUGCCUCGACCGGGAUGGUCUGCGUUCUCUCCUUGCGGCACCUUCUUUGCGUCUGCUGCUUCGCUUUCACUGCAGCAAGAAACGCAGCCGGAAGCACAGCAGAAGUGCAACAGCGCGAAUGUUUCUUUGCCGCGUAGCAGAAUCCGAGUUUGGCGAUGCACAGGAGCUGCGAAUUCUGCUGCUGGCGACGAAGCGACAGCAGCAGCAGAGGGCUCCCUCGAGUUUCAAAGACAGUUCAUGGGGCAUUCCAUCUGUCAGGUUGUCUUUGUAGAGCUCCCGAGCGGCAGCUCCAAGAGCAGCAAGUUGCUGCUGGUUAUCGGAACUGAGGCAGGAAUGAUUGCUGCCAUGGAUUGCAUGAACGGUGGAGCCCUUAUGUUUUCGUUGCACUUGAACGUGUCUGCGGAGGCAGCCGCGGCAGAAGAGGACGAUGAAACAGCAGCAAUGGCUGCCGCUGCUACUGCUGCUGGAGAUGGUGGAGGGGGGGCAGGGGGGACCGCUGUAAGAGCGCUGCUGCCGCUCCCAAGCAGCCGCAGCAGCAGCAGCAGCGGCAGCGAGCUGCUGGUGCUGCUGCGGAGAUCCCCCGCAGUCUCUUCGCUCGUAAUUAUCGAUUUGCUGCACGAAGGGCAAGUGCUGCGAGGAACAGACAUUGCGCGAGGCUUUGCUCAGGCGAUCUUGGUGCAAAGGGAUCCGACAGAACGCCAGCUGGUAAUCUUGAGCAGCGGCAGCAGCAGCCAGGGCAGCAGCAGCAGCAGCAACAUUGUAGUUUUCGAUUUGGAGGAGCAGAAGCUCGUGGCGAAGCUGCAGGGGGGAAGCGCUGCCUUUAGCGCCGUGGCUGCCGACGCAACGACUGGCCUUGUCGCUGCCAUCUGCUGCAGAGGAACGCAUGCAGAGCAGCAGCAGCAGCAGGUAGCUCUUUGGCGUCUGCCGCCUGAAGUAUUUGGCGAGAAUAAUAAAAAGACGACCUUGAAGAAGCUGAAGAUCCCUGUGUGGGGUGUGGUGGCAUACCACCAGCGACUGUUGCAGCUGGCGCUGCUGCACAGCCUCAGCAGUGUCGGUACACCCCAAGAGCAGCAGCACGCGCAGGCUCCGCUUUUCCUGACCUGCCUUACAGAGCAGCAACAGCUGGUCUGUUGGCUAGUAGACACUGCAGCCGCUGCUGUUCCCUCAGCGCCACUCCUCUCCAUCCUUACUCAGGGUGCAGCAGCAGCAGCAGGUAGCUCUUUGGCGUUGACAGCGUCUCCUGGAAGGGAGCACAGCGCUGCAACGGGUGUCUUCUUCAUGCAGCAGCAACUGAUGCUGCAGCGACAGGUUCUGCUCGUCGCUAGAGGUGACCUUCUGGCUCCCUUUUUCCACAUUGCAGAGUUGCGAGGCUCGGCAGGAGAAGCAGCGGCAAAGGAGAAGGGGGAGCCGCUCGUCUUGCCAACAAGAAGUAGCUGCAGAGACGAUAAGUGCGGCUUGCAGCGUGUCGAGCCCGUCCAAGCAGAAGGGGCGAAACGAGAUCGCCGACGUACUAGCGUCAGCGGCGGGAGGCUUCCCAGCAGCCUUACCAGCGGGGAAGAAGCAUCAGCAGCAGCUAACGCCAUUAUGCCGAACGAUGCAGCCUUGUCGAGUUUGAAGCGGGGUGCACUGAGCACUGUCAGUGGCAAGGCAGGGGAAUCUCAAAAGAGGCAGCGACAGGAGGCAGCAGUUGCAGCAGCAGCAGCGAGCACUAAUAGCAGCAGCACUAAUAGCAGCAGUAAUAAUGUGGGGUCGAUCCUGCGGCAGGCUCUGCUGACGGCAGAUGUGCCUCUCUUGGAAUCGAUUUUGUCGCAAGGCCAAUUGAAGAAGAAGGAGAUCGCAGCGGCAGCAGCAGCGUUAACCCCCUCCCAUGCCUUGUCGCUGCUGCAGUUGCUCGUACAGCAGCAGCAGCAGAAACCAAGCAGCAGCAUCUGCAAGGGCCCCUGGAUCGAGGAGAUCGUGAAGCACCACGCGCCAUCCCUCGCAUGCACUCCCGAUGGGAGGCAACAGCUUGUGCUCCUUCAGAAGCAGCUGCAGCAGAGGCGGCAGGUUGAAGGGGCCCUUGUGAAGAUCAAGGCGAGAGUAGAGCUCCUUAUGCUUCACAUAGAGCAACGCGAGCAGCAGCUCAUGCUGCAGCAGAAGAUGCAGCAGGAUGCGCUGCAGCCCCUCAUCGAGCACACAGAGGCUCCGUAG